GGCUUGGAAUCGAGGCUAUCAUGCAGCCGGCUGUGACAAAAAUCAAUCACCUAGAUAUUAUAUAUAUAGGAUCAGACACUGAGUUUAAUAUGCUAGCUCGUUUUUUGAGGUCCAUCCCCUCUAGAUCUAGGUGCUGGAGAGCUAGCUCCAGUGAUAGUGUCAAGCAGGAUCAACUAGGAAUAAAAGGUAUCCAUGAUUGUGAUACUGAUCAUGGUAUAAGGGGUGAAAGUGAUGGCAAUCCUGUGGAACCUGAUAAACUAGGGAGCAACAUUUUGAUGGAUAGUUUUGGUCGAAAACACAACUAUCUCAGAAUAUCUCUGACGGAAAGAUGCAACCUCAGAUGUGAGUACUGUAUGCCUGAGGAGGGGGUGGAACUGUCUCCCUCCAGCGAUCUGCUAUCAACCAAGGAAAUUGAAGUAUUGGCUCGUAUGUUUGUGUCACAGGGAGUGAACAAAAUCAGACUCACGGGAGGGGAGCCUCUGGUCAGGAAGGAUGUAGUGGAGAUUGUCCGAAUGCUCAACUCCAUCCCUGGUUUAGACUGGAUUGGCAUGACAACUAACGGGCUCACCCUCUCCCACAAGGUUCGACAACUGAAGGAGGCUGGGCUCGGAGGACUCAAUGUCAGUCUGGACACACUUGUUCCUCAAAAGUUUGAGUUCAUCUCUCGAAGAAGGGGGUGGGAGAAGGUUAUGAGGGGAAUUGACGAUGCACUGAAGCUGGGGUUUUCCUCUCUCAAGGUGAACUGUGUGGUCAUGAAAGGACUGAAUGAUGACGAGAUUUGUGAUUUUGUGGCUUUCACUGAAACCAAGCCAGUAGACGUGAGAUUCAUAGAGUACAUGCCUUUCGACGGUAAUCGUUGGAACCUGGCUAAGUUUGUGCCGUACCGUUCCAUGCUGACCAGAGUGCUUGCUCAGUGGCCGAACCUGGAAAGACUAGAAGACAAAAAGAAUGACACAUCAAAGGCAUACAAAGUACCUGCGUUUGCGGGACAGAUAGGUUUCAUCACCUCAAUGAGUCAGCAAUUUUGUGGCACUUGUAAUCGGAUCAGAUUGACCGCUGAUGGAAACCUAAAGGUAUGCUUGUUUGGUCCAGUGGAGGUGUCCCUGAGAGAUGCACUGAGGGGUGGGGCUACUCAGGAGGAGCUGCUGGACAUUGUGGGCAUGGCAGUCGGUAACAAGAAGAAACAUCAUGCAGGAAUGCUGAAUCUGCAAAAGAUGAAAAACAGGCCAAUGAUACUCAUCGGUGUGUUUGCUGUAACUGUAAGUAGAAUGUCAAAUCAAGUUUCAAAUUAUUUAUUUUCUGCAAAUUUCUGCACAAGCACCAGUAAUUAUGAUAAAUUACCUCGAAAGACUACACACACCACCAAAAGCACAAGUAACCGUGACAAUGAAAACAAUGAUACCACAAUCCAUAGAUUGACACACGUCGAUCACCAUGGCAAUGCCACGAUGGUCAACGUCGGCUCGAAAUUUGUUACCCAUCGAAAGGCUGUGGCCAGUGGAAAGAUCACUUUGUCUUCAGAAGCAUUCAAGCUAGUCCUUGACAACCAAUUGAGCAAGAAAGGCUCGGUGUUAAAUGUUGCUCAAAUUGCAGGAUUAAUGGCUGCCAAGCAGACUGCCAAUCUCAUCCCCUUAUGCCACAACAUUCCACUGAGCAACGUCUCGUUAAAAUUUGAACCUUGUGAUUCGGACUGUACUGUGACGAUAUACUCGAGCGUAGAGUGUGUGGGUGUGACUGGAGUGGAGAUGGAGGCUCUCACAGCUGUUUCUGUGGCAUUGCUAACGAUAUACGAUAUGACUAAGGCUGUAGCGAAAGAUCAUGUGAUCUCCGACAUUCAAUUGGAGGAGAAAGAAGGAGGAGCUUCAGGAAAAUUUAGACGUACAUGACUAACUUUUUGCUGACAAAAUAUCAUUGUUUUACACAAAUCAUGUAUAAGCACAUAAACAACAAAACUGCAUGAAAAGAUUAGCUACUAACGUGCAUCUAUAUAAACUUACUAUAUACACUAUUGAACCACUUAUAUACUCACAAUAAAAAAUGUAAAAAAAGUUUGCCCCUAGAUAGGUUAUAAUUUUAUUACAUUUAUCCACAGAAGCAGAAAUGAAUAUUAGAGAGUGCCAAUGAAUAUGCAAUCUUUUGGAGAAACAAAUUUUUAGUUGUCAUAAUGACAUAAUACUUGUCACCUAUACAUUGUAAAUGCAUUGAGCCCACUAUAAUGCUCAGUUUUGCUUGUGGAUGAACGUAACAGUAAAACAGGUCCUAGGGGCGAGGCCUUUUUUAGUAAAUAGCUAAACCACUCAGGUCCACCUGAGCUUUUAUGUAGAUAGUGUUUCCUUUCGUAAAGUUCUCAUCUUGAAGAACUGAUUGCUUUGCAAAUUUGGGAAAUCCACUAGCGAUGUUCAUUUCGUUCUCCGGCUGUUGAAACGAAGGUGAAUUGAGGUCAGGUGCAAAUGCUUCAGUGAUGCUAGCACUCGGGUUGUUUUGGUUGAUGAGUGUGAACCUCACAGAUUGCUUGAAGGGCCACUGUAGAAGGUUGUCAUGCUCAGACUUCAUGAGAACAAAGAACACUGAGAUGUGAGUACCUUUUCCAAUGCCAUCUCCAUUCAAGUACACUCGAGUGCAAAUACGAUACCCCUGUGGACUCGUGAAGUAAGGCGGGCUGUAAAUGCUCACUGUACGACGAUCAAUUGCCUCUCGGUACCUCCUCCUGAUGUCUGGAAUCUUCCAAACAAAGCUGCCAUUCGUAGUACGUACAUCAAGGAUGUCCUGCCUUAGCCUUAGUUCAUCAACAACAAUAGUCUGCUGGGUCACACUCUCUUGAAGAAUCUGCACAUUCUGGCUAAGUUGCCUAAUCUGGAUUGUGUUGGUCUCACUGCUUUCUACAACAUUGGCUAGUUGCCUGGAUGAGACACUAGAUCCACCAUCAACCAUUACACGCUGACCAAAUGACCUUACACUGGGAGAUCCCUUGGACUUGAUCUUCUUGGAGUCAACUCUACCGUCGGUCUCUACGCUAUCUAGGAGCUCAUGGCCAUGGCGAACAGUCAUUUCCAAGUUUCUGAGCCUGUCAUCUAGUUUCGUGAUCAUAUCGUCUUUCUCUGCAAUAAGCUUAUCUUUAGCUUUCAUCUCCUCGUCCUUUUUCUUUAUGACCUCCAACAACUCACUUCUAUCGGCACCCAGAGUAUCCACUUUCUCCCAAAGGACAGCCAUUUUCUCGAACAUCAUCAGUGUGUGCUGUUGUACAUGCUGACCCAUGGAAACUUUCUUUCCCUACAAUAGUGUACAAUACCAUUUGCAGUCAGUGCAUGCACCAUUAUAUGGAUACUUUCUCUCCUUACAAUAGUGUACAAUACCAGUUGCAGUCAGUGCAUGCACAAUCCUUGAGCAAUAAUUAAUGCACUACUUGUGUAUUGUGAAUUGUGUGAUAAUGAUUUUGCACGUUGUACAAUACAGUGACAAACGCAUUAUUCAGUUUGUCAGAUAUGAAUACUGUGCGACGACUAGGUGUACGUUAUAGCGAACAAUAGAAAGCAAACACAGAACAUAAGCGACAUCUGAAGCUGUUAGUACCUUGAAUCUACAGCCAGUUAUCUGUUGAACUGGACAGUCCAUUUCAUACUCAGUACAAUCAUCUUCAACAUGCUGUUGAAACUGUGUAGAAAACAAACAUAAAACCAAUGGCAAUGUGAGAAUGUAUAUUAUUGUAUUAAAAACCAUGAACACAGAAGUAGUCAUUUCACAAUAGGCGAGUAUAAAAUAAUACAUGCACUUUUGACUUACAUCACCCCGUCUUGGUAGGUUUGUAUAACAAUAGUCACACACAACAGGAUACUCUUGACAAACACUCUUCUGAUGUUCUUCUACUUCAUCUUUUGUAACCAUUGAAGUACAAUACGAGCAAGCAAUAGUUUUCUUCUGGCACUCUCCAGAAUGCUGAUCCUUUAGGGACCUUGGAAAUGCUUUACCACAGCCUAGUUCACACGGUGUUGUUGCAUUCCGACAUUGAAGCCUCAUGUGAUCCUGUAUAAUCAAUCAAUAGCAACCACUAAAAAGGAAAUUCAUGCCAAGCCAGGUGCAUAAUUUGGGGAGAUCCCUGGGACUACCCCCAAUAAUUCUUAUCCCCAGGUGCUACACCUAAAGUUGCAUGAAUCUAGUUGCCACACACACCUACAUGUAUGUCUAUAAAAAUGCUUUAUGUCACAACAUAAUUAUGUCAGAACACUGCAAGGACAGACUCAGCCAAAACACACCUCUGCUUCCACUAACAGACCCUUCCAGCCACACAUCAGAGGGCAGUCAACUUGCAGACGAUUGAUUUCUUUUAUACACCCUUUGUCUUUUCGAACCUAUGAAAUGAUUAUGAAUCAAACAGAAACAGUAAGAGAAUUUGCUGCUCAUACAGACAUCAUGUCACUAUCACUUACAUGCUUCUUGGCAAAAGCUGUUGAAUCCACUGGACACUGCAGUGCACUACGGAAAUACAAAGUUAUAAUUAUGAUUGCUGUAGUGGUGAGAAAAUAGCAUAAUUUAUACCUAUACACGUACACAUACCUGUCAUUAGCUAGCAUUGAGUCAAUGCACACAGCACAGAAUCUACAGCCACAAGUGAUGAGCUGCACUGGCUCGCGAAGAAUCUUCAUGCACUUGGGGCACUCGAGGGUAGCAAUGUCUGAUCUCCUCAUCUCGCCUCCGGACGGAUGGUAAACAGUAGUAUUUGAAACAUCGAAUCCUUCACUUGAGUGUAUCGAUACUUCUCCUGGCUCUGGCUCAUGAUCACUUGAAACGAAUUCUUGAUUUGUGGCCAUUUAAAAACUUUGAAACUUUACUGUGUAUACUGCAGAGUCUUACGUCUGGCAUUUAGGGGUUGAAGGGGUGUCAGAGAGUAGAACAGGAGAACCCUGAUUCAGUAACUUUACUGUGUAGAUCUAUACUGAAGAGU